UGCUUAAAACUUCUCUACUACAACAAAAGAAAAAAAAAAAGGGAACAAAUGUUUAAAAAAACCAUCCAAAAAACCAAAAAAUUCUUCCUAAAAACCCUGCAAAAUCUAAAAACCUUCCUCUUUGGAACCUAUGAAAAUAUACCCAAAACGUUGUUCAUAAACCCUUUAUCUUGCAACAGCCUAAACCAAUCAAGUCAUCACCUUGAACACAUCCACCCAAAGUUGUCGAACUUCCACCAAUCAUCAGUUUUCGAUAAGGAUGAUCAAGACCAUAAUGAUGGCAUUCACACUACUCGAGAAUUUUCAACCUCAUACGAAACAAAUGAUGAACUCACAAAAAAAUCAGAAGAUCCGAGAAAAGUUCAGCAAUCUUCAUACAUACUAGCUCAAAAAAUGAAAGAUUUGGAGAUGAUUUAUGUAGGAGAUGUUGAUCAUACAUUAGAUAUCGAAGAAGCACUUCACUAUUAUUCGCGCAUUACUUGCCCUGUAUAUGUCGAAAUGGUGAACAAAUUCUUCAUGGAUAUGUACACUGAUUUUCAUGUGCUACAACCAGGAAUAAGCAUAGGUUCGUCUAACUGCAGCAAACUUGGCCCCUUGUCGCGACAACCUUCUAGCAGAGGAAUCGGGCCUUUGAUGUCACAUUCAUCUAUCAGAAUAUGCUCUUCGAGCAGGAAACUUGGCUCGUUCACACUUUGCUUAGAAUAAAAGUAUUGUGUCUUCGUCUUUAAGGUAUCAUCGUAUUUGAAUUUUUUCGUCUUUGUCUCUUGGCUUCAUUUGUGUGCUUGGUGUGUUUUCUUGUACGCUUUAUAUGGUAUGUAAAAUGAAAGAAAAUGUAAUAAAUAUGAGAGGUGUUGAGCUUUUUAUCAUCAGCGAUCGUUUGCGAUUCCAAAAGAAUUAUACGAAAAUGAACAUG